AUGUCCACUUUGCAUCAGGUGACUCAAGAAGUCACCGAUAAUAUAGCGAAGGAAAUUCAUCCAACCGUUUCCGCUUUAGUGGAGAGCUUUACUAUCUACCUCAAAGAACCCCGUUACCAGAACCCACUCACAUUGAAAGAGUUGGCCAUUCUUUUCCAGGCUUUCUACGCUGAUCUUAAUUCCUUGUGCAUCCAGAUAUAUACGCAGCUGAAUACUAACAAGCGCCUGCUUCUCCGAAAGUCUGCAUUCUUCAAUGAUCGGCCUGACGUGUACGAUUAUUUAAUUGCCAUUGCGAACUACUCUGCGUCAUCUAUAAAGUUGGUUAGGCGAUCAGAUGCCAAGGCCCUAUUCCAACUUCGAGUUUUUGCUUACUACAAAUUCCUUACCAUCAUCAACACAAUCGAAAAGGCCACAUAUGACUUGUUCACUUCUCGAAACCCCGGUGACAAGUUUACAUUGUACGAUAAGAUUUUCCGCUUUGAUCGGAACGAUAUUUUGACACAAAAAUUGUUGUCAGAGAAAAUUCAUGUUUUUCGCCAAUUGAAAAUGCCACUCAGUUACUUCUUCGAGCAUCCUAGUUCAGAAAAGAGUCUAAAACUAGAUGCUUUUUUCGCAGACCUAGAUAAGAAUGAUAACAUCAUGUUGAGGAAAAUCCAACACAGCUUCAAACUGCUCGAUGAAGUUAGGACUCCAUCAGCGAAGUUGAAACAUAUCGUGAAGGUGCAAAAAUUUUUGAUCGUUUUAUUAUCUUCAUUUUAUGAUGACGACAGUUCUAAAGUCAACAACGAUAUUCUUCUACCGGCACUCAUCUACAUCAUCAUAUAUUAUCUUCCCGAAAGCAGUCAUGGCUGCGGUCUUGAUCUCUUCUUGAACUUCACCUUCGUGAAAAACUUUGUCAAUUUGCUUUCUCCUUACGAAGUUGAUUGCACUUUGCUCACGCUCGGAUCUUCCUUGUAUGCAUACGAUCCCACUAACAAGAACCGAACAUUUACGAAAAGUUCCAAAAAACCAAGCUCAAACUUGUAUGAAUUGUUGAAUUUAACGGAUGCUGGACCACAAGAAGAAGAUUCUGAUCCAGAUUUCCACAUUGAUGAGAAGUUGUUCGAGUCAGACAUACAGGUUACCAAUUACAUUCAGACCAAAUUCUUGAAUAACGGCGAAUUACAAUACUACUUGACCAACUUCGAGGCUAUACUCUACUUUCUUAUGAACACUACGAUCAAGGAAAUCGUUCCAGAAGAUUUUGAUUUGCCUGAUUCGUAUGUGAAUUACGAACCAAUAAUGAAACCAUUGCAUAAAAUUGUCGAAGAGACGAAUAAGCGCAGAAACUCACAUUUAGAUGCGACCCAGCAUGAACAAGAACAUCUGCAAGCACAAGAAUCGGAAGCCUUAAAUGCAGAGUUAAGAAGUAAUAGGUCGCGUUCAUCAUCUCUUCUUAACACCAUCACUAGUGCUGUUUCACAGUCUGUCUCAAGGUCAAGAUCCAACUCCACGGCACUCAAAUCUCCGUCCCGUGACUCAUAUCCAUAUGGAACUGACUUUGAAGCGUCGCUAAAUGGAUCAUUGGGCAAUGAUGGUUAUGGCUUAGGACGCAUGAGGAAUAUUCUCGGUAGAAUAGGUCUGGUAUCAAGCAUGCAGUUAAAACCCCACUCGCCUGAUGAUGAAGCCGAAGGACAUGCUUCGGGAGAUGGAAAUGCGGGCGAUUAUUUUCGCUUUAAGGGCUCUCUGUCAUUUUUGGAGAGAAUGUCCCCUUCUCCUACAAGAACGAGGUCUGCCUCUUUGGGAAGUCAACUAGGUACUCCAAAUUCAUCUAGAAGAGCUACCUUGACCACUAAAUUUUCUAGUGGAGUGACUGAUUUCAUGAACAAACUCGGUGCAGUUACGUCGGCUGCCACUACCCAAAAUCUGUCGGAAACAGUCGUGGAACUGCCUCUUUUAGCCAAUCAAGCUACAGCUCCAGCACAGCAGUGCAAUGGCGUUACCAACUAA